UCACAUCUCACGUUGCAUUUCACGUCUUCAUAGUUGAACCUUGAUAGGGCUGGGAGAAAAACUUGCAUUGUUCUACACGCUAAACAAGCCUAAAAAUAAUGUCUUUUGUUGCUAGAGCAGGAAUUUGUGCAUCACGGAGAAUUCUUCAGUCUACUACAACUGCUAGAGCAACCGUUCCGGCCUCAAACUACCAUAAAAAUGUAAUAGAGCAUUAUGAGAAUCCUAAGAAUGUGGGAUCACUGGAUAAAGAUGAUGCAACAGUUGGUACAGGACUUGUUGGUGCACCGGCCUGUGGUGAUGUCAUGAAACUACAGAUUAAAGUUGAUGAGCAAGGCAAGAUAAUUGAUGCAAAGUUCAAGACAUUUGGAUGUGGAUCUGCCAUUGCUUCUAGCUCACUAGCAACUGAGUGGGUCAAAGGGAAAUCAGUAGAUGAAGCACAGCUGAUAAAGAACACAGAUAUUGCCAAGGAGCUCUGCCUCCCGCCUGUCAAACUACACUGCUCUAUGCUUGCAGAAGAUGCUAUCAGAGCAGCAUUGAAUGACUACAAAGUGAAAAAAGGCAAGGCAAAGGCAUAAGGAUGUCAUGCAUUGUCAAGUCCUUUGGAUGUAUAAAAAGUAGGAAAAGUAGACCCUUUGGGUAAUCAUGGAAGUAGCAGAUACUCUUCCAGGGACUUUGCAAAAGUCUUAUAAUGUAAUCUCCUAUAGCACCUGUAUCAUUCAGUUCCCUCUCCGAGGGAAUAACAUUUAAAGGGAUUACCACUUUCUACAAAUAUUGGAGACUCUUCAGGUAAAAAAGGGUGAAUUUGCUACAUCAAUGGAAAGAAAAAUACAAAUACUGAAAAAUGCUUACAGGAGACUAAUUUUGAUUUUUUCUCGUUAGUAAAAUAAGUAAAGGUUAACAAACCAGUAACAUGCAGAUUUACUUUGAGUAAGUAGAAUGGUCAUACUCCUUGUCUUGAUAUAGGUGUCAGAGGGCCAAAUAAUAUUUAUAAUGAUGUGAAUAGAAUGUACAUAUGAAUUUGACACAUCUGACUGUAAAAAAACAGUAGUGUGUUAUUACCAUUUUGGGAUUUACCAUUCCACUAUGCUAAACCAUGUAACAGUAGUGAAAGCCCUGAAUAAUAGUUAGUAAAAAGCCAAGAACUGACAACAACGUAGGGAAUUCAUUUUUUAUAUUUUAUCAGGAUGGUAGUAGAUUUGGUCAAGUUAGAAAAAGGCUGUAUUUAGGACAUUAAAGAGAAAUUGAAAUAAAACAAUAUUAUGGA